AUGGCACUUGUCUUGCAUACGGGGAAAACAAACAAAAAUGCUUAUAAGGCUCUCAUUGCUGCAGAGUACACUGGUGUCCAAGUGGAACUGGCCCAGAAUUUUGAGAUGGGUGUGUCGAACAAAACCCCUGAGUUUCUUAAGAUGAACCCUAUUGGCAAGGUCCCUGUGCUGGAAACUGCUGAUGGCCCCAUUUUUGAGAGCAAUGCCAUUGCUCGUUAUGUUACUCACUGGAAGCCUGAUAAUCCUCUCUUUGGUUCCUCUCAAAUUGAAUAUGGCCAUAUUGAGCAGUGGAUUGACUUCGCAUCAUUGGAGAUUGAUGCUAAUAUUUUGAACUGGUUUAGACCAAGAAUUGGGCAUGCUGUUUACCUCCCUCCGGUCUUGCAUACGGGGAAAACAAACAAAAAUGCUUAUAAGGCUCUCAUUGCUGCAGAGUACACUGGUGUCCAAGUGGAACUGGCCCAGAAUUUUGAGAUGGGUGUGUCGAACAAAACCCCUGAGUUUCUUAAGAUGAACCCUAUUGGCAAGGUCCCUGUGCUGGAAACUGCUGAUGGCCCCAUUUUUGAGAGCAAUGCCAUUGCUCGUUAUGGUGAGACUCUGGCACUUGUCUUGCAUACGGGGAAAACAAACAAAAAUGCUUAUAAGGCUCUCAUUGCUGCAGAGUACACUGGUGUCCAAGUGGAACUGGCCCAGAAUUUUGAGAUGGGUGUGUCGAACAAAACCCCUGAGUUUCUUAAGAUGAACCCUAUUGGCAAGGUCCCUGUGCUGGAAACUGCUGAUGGCCCCAUUUUUGAGAGCAAUGCCAUUGCUCGUUAUGUUACUCACUGGAAGCCUGAUAAUCCUCUCUUUGGUUCCUCUCAAAUUGAAUAUGGCCAUAUUGAGCAGUGGAUUGACUUCGCAUCAUUGGAGAUUGAUGCUAAUAUUUUGAACUGGUUUAGACCAAGAAUUGGGCAUGCUGUUUACCUCCCUCCGGUCUUGCAUGCGGGGAAAACAAACAAAAAUGUUUAUAAGACUCUCAUUGCUGCAGAGUACACUGGUGUCCAAGUGGAACUGGCCCAGAAUUUUGAGAUGGGUGUGUCGAACAAAACCCCUGAGUUUCUUAAGAUGAACCCUAUUGGCAAGGUCCCUGUGCUGGAAACUGCUGAUGGCCCCAUUUUUGAGAGCAAUGCCAUUGCUCGUUAUGUUACUCACUGGAAGCCUGAUAAUCCUCUCUUUGGUUCCUCUCAAAUUGAAUAUGGCCAUAUUGAGCAGUGGAUUGACUUCGCAUCAUUGGAGAUUGAUGCUAAUAUUUUGAACUGGUUUAGACCAAGAAUUGGGCAUGCUGUUUACCUCCCUCCGGCCGAGGAGGCAGCAAUUUCAGCACUGAAGAGAGCCCUUGGUGCUUUAAACACACAUCUUGCUUCAAACACUUACCUGGUUGGUCAUGCCGUGACCUUGGCCGACAUUAUCAUGACAUGCAAUCUGUAUUUGGGAUUUAUUCUGCUCAUGACUAAGAGCUUCACCGCGGAGUUUCCUCAUGUUGAGAGGUACUUCUGGACCAUGGUAAAUCAACCUAAUUUUAAAAAGAUAUUGGGGGAGGUGAAGCAGACGGUAGCUGUUCUGCCUGUACCAUCAGCAAAAAAGCCAUCCCAGCCUAAAGAAGCUGCUAAACCAAAACCUAAGGAUGAGCCAAAGAAAGAAGCCAAGAAAGAAAAGGAGGCAUCAAAACCCAAAGCAGGAGCUGAUGAGGAAGAGGACGAGGCGCCAAAGCCUAAACCAAAGAACCCUCUUGAUCUGCUGCCCCCAAGUAAGAUGAUACUGGAUGAGUGGAAGAGGCUCUACUCUAACACCAAGUCAAACUUCCGGGAGGUUGCCAUCAAAGGUUUUUGGGACAUGUAUGAUCCUGAGGGAUACUCAUUGUGGUUUUGUGAUUACAAGUACAAUGAUGAGAACACGGUUUCAUUUGUCACUCUAAACAAGGUUGGUGGAUUUCUUCAACGGAUGGAUCUGGCCCGCAAGUAUGCUUUUGGGAAGAUGUUGGUGAUUGGAUCCGAGCCUCCAUUCAAGGUGAAGGGAUUGUGGCUCUUCAGAGGUCAAGAAAUUCCUCAAUUUAUACUGGAUGAGUGCUAUGACAUGGAGCUUUAUGAUUGGAAGAAGGUUGAUAUAGCAGAUGAAUCCCAGAAGGAACGGGUCAGUCAGAUGAUUGAAGAUCAAGAGCCAUUCGAAGGAGAGGCCCUUUUGGAUGCCAAGUGCUUCAAAUGA